GAGGCACGUUGCUCGUGCAAGCGACCAUGCUCGUGGGCGUUGGGCCAACCCAGGAUGUGCCAGACCUGGGUACCGAUAUGAUCGCGUGGUUCGACGCGGACGACGACAUGCCGUUUGAAGACUUUAUGUUGCAGCCGAUUGAUGUGCGCCACAAGGGCCUGGAUGACGCGCACUUUCGCCACAUGGUCACCAACACUUUGGCCUCGCACCUCUACCCGUCGACGACCACACCACGCCUUCAGCCCCGAGCGCGCAGGCCGCCGCCGCGACCCAAGACCAUCGUGGCCAAGAUGUGA